AUGCCAUUGCCUUCUAGAUCUCGUAUGGAACGUGAUAUUUCUAAGGCUUGUUCACAGGAAUUACACUUCACAAGUGAAAUCAUUUCAGGUGCAGAUUUACUCAAAUCUUUUAAUCUUCUACCUGAAGACAAGUCUGAAAACCCUAGUGAAAUCAAAAAUCGAAAGUUGACUAAAAAUCGAAUAGUUUGGGGAAUGUUAGAAAAAUAG